AUGUCACUAGAUCUUGAAAACUGUGUUGGUAUUGGAACAGAUGGAUGUUCGGUCAUGAUCUCUCAACUUCGUGGUGCUGUUUGUAACGAGACAAACAGAGUGUCCAAGGUCCAAAAACAUUGUAUAAAUGCUGUACACAGUCCCUGUUCUAACCACGCAUUAAAUUUAUCAAUUUCAAAGUCAUCAGACGUACAGCUUAACAAUCUUAAAGAAUGCAAACGUUCCAUAAUUAGUUUAUGCGAAACAAGGUGGGUUGAACGUCAUACUAGCAUUUUUGAAUUUCAGUCUUGUUUGUCAGAAAUUAUAGAAAGUUUAACUGACAUAUCUGAAUGGACUGACCAUAUUUCUUCGUCAAAAGCUAAAACACUUUUAAUGGCUGUAACUUGUUGUGAUUUUAUUAUUACCUUAUUUGCAUUAACCGACGUUUUAAGUGUUACACUACCAGCCAGUAGACUUUUGCAAAGUUACGAUAGAGACAUUGCAGAAGCAUCUGAUAUAAUCGAUGGUAUUAUACUUACCCUCUCUGGAAAACGAUCUAAUUGUGAAUCGGACUUUUCACAAUUAUUUGAACAAAGUAAGAAUGUUAUGAAUAAAUUGGACAUUGAUUUAAAAUUACCAAGAAUUGCCAAACGCCAAAUACAAAGAUCUAAUACUCCUGCUCAAUCACUAGAAGAAUAUUAUCGUCGAGUUUUAUAUAUUCCAUUACUUGAAAACAUUUCAGAAGACUUGCAGUCACGUUUUCUUAGUACAAAAACUAAAACAACAUUUAUAUUGAUGCUGCUUAUACCAUCCAAUGUUUUAAACAUAUCAAAUGACAAAAAACACGAACUUCUUCAGGCUGUAACAAAUCACUAUGCAUACUUGGAUAUAAAUAUUUUAGAAUUUCAAGGAGAAAUAGAACUAUGGAAAACCAAAUGGAUUGAAAGUAAAAAUGAAUGUAAAACAAUUCCUGAAAACGUACUAGAAUCAAUUACUCAAUGUAAUAAAAUACUAUUUCCCGGGAUCAGAAAAAUACUGAUAAUAUUAGCUACUUUGCCAGUAAGUGUUGCUUCCGCAGAGAGGAGUUUUUCGACGUUACGCAGAUUAAAAACUUGGUUAAGAAGUCAAAUUGGACAGGAAAGAUUGACUGGUUUGGCACUGUUGCAUGUACAUCGCGAUAUAGAAUUAGAUGCAUGGAAAAUAAUAGAUCGGUUUGCAGAACACAAACGCUUUAAAGAAUUUGUUUUAUAGAAUAAAAAUAAAUAAUUACUUGGGGGCUUAAUUAAAAUAUUAUAAUUAGAUUUUUUUAUUAUUAUUAUGAUUAUUAACUAAAGGUUACAUAUUUGUAUUUUUUUUUACCUAUAAAUAAUUUGUAUGAAUGAAAUUUGCAGAUCAAAAUGACUUGACCAGCAAUAAGUUACUAAUUACUAUGUUCACUUAUAAAUUAGAAUUUAAUAAAUUGAUUAUACUUAUAUUAUUGCUUUUUUUUAAAAAAAUUGUAUAAAAGUCGCCCCCCCCCCCUAAAAACAGGGCCAGAG